CACAGUCCACUUUGCUUGGAGGUCGACUGGACGCUUGUACGCAUGCGCACAUAGCAGCGGUGUGUGAGGGAAAGAGGAUCAAAAAUGGACGCACCGAAAGAUGUGCAACCCCCCAAGCAGCAGCCCAUGAUCUACAUAUGUGGAGAGUGUCACACUGAAAAUGAAAUUAAGGCCCGUGAUCCAAUCCGAUGCAGGGAGUGCGGUUACAGGAUCAUGUAUAAGAAGAGGACAAAGAGAUUGGUUGUUUUUGAUGCCAGGUGAAGAAGAUGAGAUCAGCUGUUUUGUUAUUGUUGUGUGUAACUUUUGUAGUUUGUUUGGAUGUAAAUAAACAGACUGUAUUUCUGAA